AUGGAGGCUCCCAAAGUCACCGUGGCCGCAGACCCCGACACGUCCGAGGGUAGACCAGUUCAGGGACCUUCGGCCCAUGCGUCCAAGCAAGUGACGCUGAGCACACCCAUUGGGGACAUGUGGCCGAGGCCGUACAUCAUUGAUGACGACCUCCGACGUGUCGCGCCGUACCACUUCACGUACAACACAUGGUGCAAGGAGAGAUGGCGUAACCGACCCUUGAUUGAGAUCUUCGAGUCUGAGUUCCGGGAUCGGCCUCUUGAGUACUACAAGCGGGCGAUGGAAAGCGGCUCCAUCUAUGUCAACGGCCACCCCGUCGGACCCGACUACAUCGUCCGCAACGGCGACAAGAUCUCCCACACGCUGCACCGUCACGAGCCGCCCGUGACGGCGGAGCCAAUUGGCAUCAUCCAUGAGGACGACGACAUGAUCGUCAUCAACAAGCCUGCGGGCGUCCCCGUCCACCCCGCAGGCCGCUACAAUUUUAACUCGGUGAUUGAGAUCAUGAAGUCGGAGAGGGGGCCCGCCUUCACCCCGCAUCCCUGCAACAGGCUGGACCGCCUGACCAGCGGCAUCAUGUUCAUCGGCAAGACGCCCAAACGGGCCGAGGCGCUCGGCGUGCAGAUCAAGUCGAGGACGGUGAGGAAGGAGUACCUCGCGCGCGUGACAGGCAUGUUCCCCGACGGCGAGGUCGUCUGCGACCAGCCCAUCCUGUCCAUCUCGCCCAAGCUGGGCCUCAACCGCGUGCGCGCCAAUGGCAAGUCGGCGCGGACCGUGUUCAAGAGGCUGGCGUACUAUCCGCCUCGUGAGGAGCCGGAGCCGGCAGAGGCCAGCGCGGCCGAGAAGAGAGGGGGGAUGCCCUGGAAGUCGAAGCAAGGGUACUCUAUCGUGAGGUGUAUGCCUGUCACGGGCCGUACGCAUCAGCUGCGGGUGCACCUCCAGUAUCUGGGGCACCCGAUCCAGAACGACCCCAUCUACGCCAACCAGCGGGUGUGGGGGUUCGACCUGGGCCAGAACGACGCCGACGGGACGGGCACUUCGGACGAGGACGUGAUCACGCGGCUGUCGAAGAUGGGCAAGGAGGAGGUGGCACAGGCGGUUGUCUACUACGACGAGAUGGUGGACGACUACGAGAAGAGGCGGGCGGAGAAGAUGACGGGCGAGCUGUGCGAGAUCUGUGACACGCCGCUGUACUCCGACCCGGGCAGCCACGAACUGUCGCUGUGGCUUCACAGUCUCCGCUACGAGGAUGCUGGCGGCGAGUGGGCAUAUCUCAGCCCCCUGCCCAAGUGGGCUCUGCCGCCAAAGGGCAUGAGCGGGCCGACGACGGUCGGUGGGAUGGAGGAGAUGGUACAUGUGGUAGAGGAUGAGAACCCGGAGAUCGCAUCGGCGCCAUAA